UGUGACUAUGCUGCAACUACAGCAAGUGUUCUAAAGAAUCAUAUUAAAAUUAAACAUGAAGGAGUGAAAUUUCUUUGUUCUCAAUGUAAAUAUUCGGCAACCACAGCAAGUAGCCUGAAAUUACAUGUUGAAGCUAAACAUGAAGGAGUGAGAUAUCCAUGCCCCCAAUGUGACUAUGCUGCAACUACAGAAAGUAACCUGAAGAAUCAUAUUGAAUAUAAACACAAAGGAGUGAGAUAUCCUUGUUCUCAAUGUGAUUAUAGUGCAACUAAUGCAAGUAAUCUGAAGAAACAUGUUGAAAGUAAACAUGAAGGAGUGAGAUAUCCAUGCACUCAAUGUGAAUAUAGUGCAACUUACGCAAGUCAUCUGAAGGAACAUGUUGAAAGUAUACACAAAGGAGUGAGAUAUCCUUGUUCUAAAUGUGAGUUUAUUGCAACUCAAGCAAGUAAUUUGAAGAGACAUAUUGAAGGUAAACACAAAGGAGUGAGAUAUCCUUGCCCUCAAUGUGAGUAUAUUGCAACGCAUGUAAGUGCUCAGAAGUUUCAUGUUGAAAGUAAACAUAAAGGAGUGAGAUAUCCAUGCUCACAAUGUGAUUAUACUGCAACUACAGCAAGAGUUCUAAAGAGACAUGUGGAAAGUAAACAUGAAGGAGUGAGAUAUCCUUUUUCUAAAUGUGAGUUUAUUGCAACUCAAGCUAGUAAUUCUGAAGGUAAACACAAAGAAGUGAGAUAUCCUUGCCCUCAAUGUGAGUAUAUUGCAACGCAUGUAAGUGCUCUGAAGUUUCAUGUUGAAAGUAAACAUAAAGGAGUGAGAUAUCCUUGCUCACAAAGUGAUUAUGUUUUAACUCAAGCAGGCAAUCUAAAAACCCACAUUGAAGAUAAACAUGAAGGAGUGAGAUAUCCUUGCUCUCAAUGUGAAUAUGCGGCUACUAUAGCAAGUGCUCUAAAGAUUCAUGUUGAAAAUAAGCAUGAAGGAAUAAGAUAUCCCUGCUCUCAAUGUGAGCAUACAGCUUCUACAGCAAGUGAUCUAAAGAGACAUGUUGAAAGUAAACAUGAAGGAGUAAGAUAUCCUUGUCCUAAAUGUGAGUUUUCUGCAACUAAGGCAAGUGAUCUUAAGAUUCAUAUUGAAAGUAAACAUGAAGGAGUAAGAUAUCCUUGUCCUAAAUGUAAAUAUGCCGCAACUUAG